CAGCUGAUUGCAGUCGAAGAAAUUUGUUUAAAUUAAAUCAUUUACUGUUGACUAACACAGCAAUCUAAUGAUUGAAUCUGAGGCAGAUUCCGAGCGGACAAAGUUGAAGCGAGAGAUCGCCGAGCUUCGAGGAGCCCUUAACAGGAAGGAACAGUGUCUGCGAGAACUGGAGGCGGCAGUUUUUUCUGCAGCCAGAGCUGAUGAUCAGAUAGAGGAAAAUGCUUUGGAAUUGCCAGAAAGGGCAAUCCACACCAAAUUGACCAAUGAUGACAUUGCUCGGUAUAGCCGCCAGCUCAUAUUGCCCGACUUCGGGGUCCAAGGUCAACUCAAGCUGAAAAGCAGCUCCGUGCUGAUUGUCGGCCUGGGCGGAUUGGGUUGUCCAGCGGCACAAUAUCUUGCGGCAGCUGGCUGCGGCCACUUGGGACUCAUAGAUUACGAUGAGGUGGAGCGCAGUAACUUUCACCGUCAGAUUCUGCACUCAGAGGCACGAUGUGGCAUGUCUAAGGCGGAGUCGGCCAGGAUUGCUCUGCUAGAACUAAAUCCUCACUGCGAGAUACGUUGCCAUUCAAGGCUACUCUACAGCCAGAACGCCAUGCACAUCAUCCGUGGUUACGAUGUGGUUCUGGACUGCAGCGAUAAUGUCCCCACACGUUAUCUACUCAGCGAUGCCUGUGUGAUGCUUAGGAAACCUCUUGUCUCCGGAAGCGCACUUAAGAUGGAUGGUCAACUUACUGUUUAUAGCUACGGAAAUGGACCCUGCUACAGGUGCAUCUAUCCAGUGCCUCCGCCCCCAGAAGCGGUCACUAAUUGCGGCGAUGGCGGAGUCCUGGGCGCUGUCACAGGCACAAUUGGAGCCAUGCAGGCACUGGAGGCAAUUAAAGUGAUUGUAGGACUAGGCGAUGUCCUCGCCGGACGCCUGCUCAUCUUUGAUGGCACAAGCGGAAUAUUCCGAAACAUUCGCAUUCGCAGCAAGCGACCCAACUGUCACGUGUGCUCCGCCCAGCCGUUAAUCACGGAGCUUAUCGACUACGAGAUGUUUUGCGGGAUGCAUGCCACCGAUAAGGACAAUCCCUUGCAAUUGCUGACGGCGGACGAGCGCCUAUCCGUGGGAGAGUACCACGAAAAGCUCCAAGCACAACCACAUCUGCUUAUUGAUGUGCGGCCUACGGCUGAGUUCGAGAUUUGCCAGCUGCCAGAUGCUGUGAAUGUGCCGCUGGUUGAGAUCCUGGACGAUAGCUACCUAAAGCGUUUCCCCAAGCAGCUGGAAGACAAGGAGCUGCCCAUUGUUUUGCUGUGCCGUCGGGGAAAUGACUCACAGAUCGCCGUUCAGCAUGUGCGCAAUCGAUUCCCCAUGCAUUCCGUUCGUGACCUGAUUGGCGGACUGCACGCCUGGACGAAUAGUGUGGACCCUAGUUUUCCCAUAUAUUAAUCGGAUGAAUGAUAUUCAUUUGGCUAUAUGUAGAUUUAUUCCUUGUUUCUUUUGCUUUAGCAUUGGUUUUUGUAUUAACCUAAUUUUUCACGUCUGUUUUGUUAUCACACACUAAGCUGGUGAAAUAAAAUGAAUAAUGCAUA